AUGUUGAGAAACACUGCGUCCUGGGCGUUGUUAGCAACAGCCGUAGGCCCAACUAUCGCUCAGUUCAAUAACUGGCAAGAUGGCCAGGUCAGCUCUGGAAUAUGUACAUGGCAGCAACCAAGAGCAAUUAUGAUCCGCGAUAUGAUAUAUCUCGAUGGCGGCGAUAUUUCGUGGUUUGCUGAAAUGAAUGACAAGACAACGUUAACUGAUUCUACCCCAAGCAACGAUGCGGGAAUCAUCCUCAAUUUUAACCUGAGCACCCCGUUUAACGCAAGUACCAAUCUGACGAGUAUCCUUCUCGACAGCCCAGCCAUGUCCAAGGCUCGUGGUGGCUCGGGGAACAGUAAUGGCGCUGCUCCCAACUUUCUUGACGGUGCCCUUCUUGGAAACGACGACGAAUUCUUCCUCUAUGGCGGUGAUCUCCUGGAGAACAACGAUCUAUACGAACCCCCCGCGAAGGACGUAAUCCUGGGAUACCAGGCCUAUCAGUAUGGACCAGAUAAGUCAACAUGGAAGCCAAGUUUUGUUGAUAGCAAGCUGGACGAGAACGUUACCCGAUAUGUCGCAUAUGGAGGAGCUGUGAAUGUGCCAUCCGAAGACCUCGCGUUUUACUUCUCUGGCUUACGAUCACCGACGAAAGGAGAGUUCUUCACGAAUGACCCGGAAAAGAAAGCAACCAAUGUCUCUGAUACACUGAUCAUGUUAAAUCUAGAAGAGCAAUUCUAUGAGACCUGGACCAACAAGACACUGAAGGGUGUGAAGGGACGUGCUAAUGCAGAAGUCGUUUGGGUUCCAGUUGGCAAGAAAGGUAUUCUUGUUGUCCUGGGGGGUGUUGUCUAUCCUCAGUGGGCGGGACAAAGUCGCAAAUCGGCGAACGAGGAAGAAAGCAAGAAACAGAGCCCCAAAUUCAUGCAAACCAUUGAUGUUUACGACGUUGAAAAUGACAAGUGGUAUCAGCAAGAAACCAAGGACGGUCCUGGGGCACGAACACGGGGUUGCGCCGUAGUAGCUACAGCUUCAGACCGUUCAAGCUUCAACAUCUUCUAUUACGGCGGUUUCGAUGGGAUUAACGUGAAAGAAGCAUUCAGUGAUGAUGUGUGGGUACUCUCGCUGCCGUCUUUCACCUGGGUCAGGAUCAACGAGGGAAAAUCGAUUCAUGCUCGCGCAGGACAUAAAUGCUUCAUGCCGUAUCCUGACCAGAUGCUGGUCUUUGGUGGUUACACACCACUAGCUGGAACCCAGAUUACAUGCCUUGAGAAAGGCCCGGUGGUGAACUUCAAUGUUACCAGUGGAGAAUGGUUGGACAGUUACGACCCUGAUGAAUACAGCGAUUACGGCGUCCAUGAAAAGAUCCAAUCAGAGAUUGGUGGCGAUGCCGCUGGUGGUGCAACAGUGACCGCUCCUGCGGGAGGUUGGACUACUUCUGCUCUGAGGGAUAUUUUUGAUACAGAGUACGACACGAAAAAGAUCAAGGAAUACUGGCCAUACAACAAGGCCACCUCUACAGGAAGGCCUAGGCUUGACAACCCAAGCGAUGGUGACGAGGAUCAAGAUGGCAGUGGUGGCUCUGGUCUUCCAAAGUGGGUUGCGCCAGUCCUGGGUGUUGUUCUUGGACUUAUGCUUGUCACUGGUAUCUUGGUCGUCUUCUGUCUCUGGCGCCGUCGCAGGAUUUUCAGGAACAGCAACAGUGACUACGGGACUGAAGACCCGGGGUCACGAAUCCGAUCAUGGAUCCGAGGUCAAUAUAACGAAAAGGCCCCCACUGUCACUACUGAUGAAACCCCUGUAAGCCCAAGCACCGAUAUGGCCUCUACUGCACAGGUCGUUGGGUUGUCGCCCUCCCCAGUGGGCACUCCUGCCAAUACUUCUUCGCCUGCUGAGGUGGCUGACACUCAGAUCCAUGAGAUGGCUGAUACCUCACGACCACCCGAGCUCCAUGACACAGGACUUUCGCCAAUCGAUAUCAUACAGAAGUACUCUCAUUUUGCCUCUGAUAACAAAUCUCGUUCCAUGUCCAACCCAUCCAGCAACUCGUACUCUGUCGGAGAGCACGCAAGUACAGUUUCGAGGUCGACAGAGCCACAUAUCUCCCAACCCGACUCUCCUACGGCUGGACAUGGUGGUCAUACUCGCAUGACAUCUGAUGUAUCUGGUGUCACUGAAAACAGUGGCAGACCGCCUCGGAUAGCAUCUGAUGUGUCUGGUAUUUCUGAAGGCGACGCUUCUGCUCUCCGACAUAUUACAAGCCCUAUAAGCCCUAGAAGUGACGAUGGCAACAUGCCUUCGCCGCCAUUCCCUGGUAUGACAGAGGAUAUCCUUCCUUCUCCUCCUGCAGAUCUCACGCCUUCAUCGCCUCCUCUUAAUACAGCAGUGUCUCCUGUUCCUGUGUCUCCUCCCAGUGCCAACGAGGCGCCCGGUCGGGACUAUCUUACAGCCAAGGCCUCAUCAAGCCCGAUUAGAAAGAGUAUGUUUAAGGAGAGCGAGGAAGACAUGGGGCAAACAAAGUAG